AUGAGUUGGCACACAUACCGGAAGUAGAUUAAUGUGACGCGUAAUCAGAGUGCAGCAGAAGUUGUGACACGUAUCUGCAAGCCUUUCUGUGACUAUUUCUGCUUUUACUUCAAAUUCGACUUGCAGGUAGCUGUCAUGAGUCUUCAAUGGACGGCCGUGGCUACAUUUCUGUACGCCGAGGUGUUUGCGGUACUGCUGCUCUGUGUCCCUUUCAUCUCCCCAAAACGAUGGAGCAAAUUUUUCAAGUCUAGACUGGUCACUGUCAUCACAACGUAUGGAAACACCGCCUUCAUUGUCAUCAUUUGUAUUCUUGUCUUUCUGCUCGUAGAUGCAUUUAGAGAAGUGAGAAAAUACAGUGUGACAGAGAAAGUGGAUCUGAGCAACAACCCCGUGGCCAUUGAGCACAUCCACAUGAAGCUCUUCAGAGCCCAGAGGAACGAAUACAUCGCCGGCUUCGCUCUGCUCCUGUGUUUGCUGUUGAGACGUCUGGCCACACUGCUGUCUCAGCAGGCAACACUGAUGGCCUCUAAUGAAGCCUUUAAAAAGCAGGCGGAGGGAGCAAAUGAUGCUGCGAAAAAGUACAUGGAGGAAAAUGAGAAACUGCAGGAGAAACUGCGGGAAGCGGGCGUUGAAGUGCCUGAAGUGGGUGGGAAGGCCAAGGGUGGCGUGGAGGAGGAUAAGAAAAGUCUGACAGAAGAGGUCAGGAAACUGAAGGAUGAACUCGACGCAACAAAGAAAGCUCUUCACAAGUCAGACAGCGAUGUGAAGGCCAUGAAGAAGCAGGCUGAGAACCUCACAGCGGAGUACGACCGUCUGCUGGAGGAACACGGCAGACUGCAGGCCAAAUGCGACUCUCAGCAGGACAAGAAGUCCGACUGAACGAACAUCAUCAUGCACCUGCUCUCUUUCCUGCAUCCUCAUUGGCUGAUAGCAGCUCAGCUGGCUGCGCAUCACUCCUCUGGCUGUGUAAGAAGAGGGUUCCGUUCUUCAUUCAUGCGCUUUCACGUGAUUCAUUAAAGCCUCUGCAGGGUUUUCACACACUGU